AAACCCGCUCUCCGCUGAUUCACUCCUCGGUCCGCAGCUUCUGAAUCCUGCUUCAUCUCACCCAUUUGUUUCCCAGCAGGAACAGGAAAUCUCGGCAGUUGUGUGCCACCGCCUGACAGCGAAGCGCUCUGGUAAGUGCAAGGUUUUCUGACAUCGUGAAGCUCGAAGUUGGAACUGCGGAGGCAAAAAGCGAGGUUGCUGCACGCACAUGGGUUGGCCCCUGUCUGCUGGCGCACGUCACUCUGGUCGGCCCAGCUCCCCUCAGUUUGCUCUUGCUCUGCCCAGCCACCACAACCACCUCAAUCACCUCCGCCUGCACCUGCACCUCAGUCCACCACGCAAGCGCAACCCAACCCCAAGCCGCGGACAUGAGCAAGAGGGCAGCCAGCAUCGAGGCUCCCCAGAAAGCUACUCUUCUUCCGACUACAACUCCACGGGACCACGAGAAGCAAUCUCUGAAUCUUGCGGAGGCCAAUUCUCAGCCGAACAAUAUGCCACGGAUUCAGCGCCUAUGUUUCACCCUACUCAUCAUCCUCGCCCUCCUCGGUCUCACGGUUGUGUCUGCUGGCUCGAGUCAACAAGGCCGUGCCAUAUCGGACGCCAUUGCUCAAGAGAAGCUGCGGUUCCAACAACUGCUCAAUUCGGUCGAGCCCAGCUCCCUUCACGAGGUCUUGCAUACCCAUAUGAAGGACAGGUACCAGCACGGUGUCUAUCAGGAGGACAAGCAUGCAAUGGAGGUUGUUCAUCAAGAAAAUGCAGCAGUGGCACACAGCCUGCUCGAGUUGGCCAAGAGACAAACUGGAGGAAACAGCACCACGGUUAUAGUUACAACGACUAACUCUGCUGUUACGGAAACUACGACAACAGCUGCACAGACAGCUGCACCUACUAAAACCUCGGACAGCUCUCCACCUCCAUCAACAUCGCACUCAAGCCAACAUGCGGAUUCUACGACGACAUCUUCUCAAGAUCAACAAACGUCCUCGUCUCCUGACCAAUCCACAAAAUCGGCACUGAUUCCAUCGACAAAUGUCAAAUCUACACCUUCCGACAAAGCCACACCGGAUGCUUCCCGCUCUAUCACGCAGCAGAUACUCUACACGUCCACUCUACCGGGGGGUGGCGUGACCACAAUCACCAGCCUUACGGUCGUGCCUGCCGACCAAGCUCAGACAGCUGGCGGAAGCUCAACAAAUACUGGAAAAGCGAGCUUGCAGACCAACUCCGCCAACUCCGCAAAAGCCUUCGCCAUCAACGGUAUGCUAGGAGCUUUGGGUUUGGUUGUGGUUGCCGGCAUACAUACGGCGUUUGGGCACUGCAUAGCGUUUGGCGCAUUUGGUCAUGGUCUCGAUAUUAACUAAUGUCUCUCCUUUUGUCGAUACGACACGACCUUACGGCCUGCUGUGCAAACGAAGCGAAUUUUCAUAGAUGGGGUGGACAGAUUGCUUGCAAGGUUGGGAAUCUCGAGAUUCUCGACGAUGAGUUCUG